GAAACAUUUCUCAACUUUACAAUUUAUGCUCCACAAAACAUUUGAAGAAUUGAAAAUGUUCAGUAAUUUCAUCUUCAGCUUUUUCAUUGCUUUAUUCGUUUCAUCUCUUCUAUUCUUGUGUGGAAAAAGUAGAAUUACUUCGCGAUAUGAUAAAAAAUCAAGAUCCAAGAAGCAAUCCAAGAAACGCUCGAACUCCUUCUCGAAAAAGUUUAACAAACCAAAGGUCGUCGGUUGUCAGCCGACAAGAGAAGAUGAAGGAAUCGAACCAGAGACUCGGACCAAGACGAACACUGCUAGUGAUGAAAAUGUUCAGAAAGAUCCAAGUUUGAAGAAACGCGGAAGUUCUCGAUCUCUGAAGCAGCCACCAAAAGUUCUGGCACCGCCGCUUUGCCUUACGAAGCAAUGCAAUUCGGAGACUAAGAAAAUGCGUGUUGUUCGUGAAAGAUCUCCGCCGAAGACCUCAAGCACUGAUGAAUCGGAUAAGGAAUCGUUUGACACUUCGAACAGAGUUGCCAAGAAGAAGAAGGAGUACCUUCCUCCGCUCGAUACUACUCAAACAGAAGAGGAUGACGAUAUCAAAUCUUGAACUUUUGAACUAGAAUUUGAAUAUGACAAUGUAUUUUUUUAAUGAACUUUUGAGAUGAACAAUAAAUAGCAAAAUG